CAAAAAAUCAAGUCCAAGUCCCUGACACGCAUGCUUUAUAAUUUUUACCAAAAACCCCUUUUUAAUUGAAUGUCUGAUUUGCGGAUAACUAAAAACUAGCGAGAUUCUUGAACAAUAAUUUAAUUUUUUUACAAGUUUUUCUACUCAUUUGGCUUUCCCUCCCGACAAAAUUUUUAUAAGUACCAGAAAUAAUAAUUAUUUAAAUAAUAAAAAUGAUGAACAAAUAGUAAACACAACAACAAAUAUUUUAAUUAAUUCAACAAUAAAUCCUCAAUCUACUACAAUUAAAAUACCAACAACAAUAAAUAAGGAAGAAGCAAAGGAAGAGGUUUAUGCAAAAAUGGAAGUAAUUAAAGAGAAGGGAGGAGAGAUAAAUAAAAAUAAGGAGAAAGAAGAAGAAAAGAGAAGAAAAGAAAAUAAAUCAGAAUUAAAUAAAUCAGAAGAAAAUAAAAAAUCAGAAUUUAAAGAAGAAACAAAAACAGAAGCAACCCCAACUACAAUUUCUGAAGCAAAAAAAGCAGAAUUAAAAAUAUCAGAAUUAAAAUCAGAAAACAAAGCAGAAGCACCCCAGUCAAAGGAAGAAAAUAAUUUAACGACACCAAUAACUGUAUUAAUUAAAGAAUCGAGUAAAGAAACGUUACUUAAUGAAACUACUUUGCCUCCACCUCCUUCUAGUACUUCUAUUGCUUCUUCUACUUCCCCAAAAUUACAAGUUUUGGAAAAAUCGGAAGGAAAUGGAGAAGGGGGAGGAUUACCUCCUUCUGGUGAUGUUCACCCACCCUCAACAUCCUUCGGCGGUAAUAAACCGCCAGGUACUCAGGUUGGGAAUAUUGAGGAGAGAAGAGGAUCACAAAGAGAAAAAGUUAUUUUUGAAGUAUUUCAUAAUGGACAACCUGCUGAUGCUGUUGUUGUUGGGAGUAGAAUAACUUUAGCUUUUACACCUUAUUUUGCUAUUCCACCUUCUCAUAUGUCAAUUUCUGGUUGUCAAGUCGAGCCAAUCGGAUCCCUUUAUGAUUGGGAAAAGGAGCCUUUGGCUAUUGUUAAAGAUGGUUGUCAAGCUGAUCAUGUUGGGCUCGUUUGUCCUCCACAAAAGACAGACUACGGUAUUCGGGUUACUGUAGAGGCCUUUCGUUAUCAGACAACCUGCCCAUCAGUAGAAGGUUGUCCAGGGGAUGAUAUUGUUUCUAGAACACUCGGAUCCUUUGGAGGCCGUAAACGUUCUAAACGUUUUAACGAAAAUGGGAAGAAAGGGAAAAAUAUUUCUCGUCGAGAUACAGUCCAUUGGUUGGCUGGAAGUCAAAGGCAAAGAGACCAACCAUUUAAAAUGUCUAGUGCUCUUCAACAACAACUAAUUUUACUUGGUGGAGAUUCUUUAGUUAGGAGAAGGUUAAUUGUUGUCAAUUCAGAUGAUGAAUUGAGGUAUUAUACACGGACUGGGGAAAUACCUUUAAUUCGCUCUGGGUUUUAUUAA